AUGGCCUCCCACCACGUGAUUACAGUCCAGCCUCAGUUUUUGGCUGCCUAUGGGCCAGGCGAGUGGCAGUCAGGGCUGCUGGACUGCUGCUCUGACUUUGGCGUGUGUAUUUGCAGAGCCUUCUCCUUCAGCUGCCUGGGGUGCCAAGUGGCCAGGGACAUGGACAAGUGCUGCCUGUGUGGCCCCAGUGUGGCCAUGAGGACGCUCUACUGCACCAGAUACAACAUCCUGGUCAGUGACCAACUGCUGGGCCUGCCACGCUGGCAGCGACAGCCAUGAGCUGGGUGCUGGACUGUGGGCUCAAGGAAGGAGAAAGCAUUGCCUGAGGGGAAGAGCAGUGGUGGGGAGACACACACCCCCCCCACACCACACCCCACACAGUGUGGCAAGGUAUGGCCCUGCUAACUGACCCUCCUCUCCUGUCCCACUGCAGAUGUCACCGUCCUUGCUGCGACCUGUGGAGCUGCUGCAGGCAGGAGUCACCACUGCCCUGGCCCUUGGGAAAUGCACCAUGGCGGGGGUUUGCCUUGAUUGUGGUUGAUCCCCCCUUCCCUGGCUAACACCAGCAGUAAACAGCAGAGUUUGUU